AUGGCAAAACCCCAGACGGCCAUAUUAUCUUUUCUCUAUCCUUUCCUCGGCGCGCCCAGCUACUCGAGGUCUGUCACCCAGAAAGCAGCUGGCAGACUCUUGCGAUGCUAUCGAUGGCAGAGUACCACGACCAACGUCAAAUCCAACGAAUCUGAACGAGCUGCGCAAUCCUCCCCAGAUCUUUCUCACCUGAAUCCGUCGCCGGACGACUACUCCCGUUUCCUAUUUAAAGACAAAUGCUCCAUAACUGUGGUGGCUGGCUCUGGAGGAAACGGUUGUGUCUCCUUUCUACGGGAAAAGUAUAUCGAAGAAGGCCCUCCAAACGGCGGUGAUGGCGGUAGCGGAGGUAGCGUCUACAUCCAAGCCGUCGAAGGUCUCACAAGCUUGCAUAAAUUGGCGCGUCGAGGAGUCAUCAGAGCCGGACGGGGGAGGAAUGGGCGAGGGAAGAGUCAAGGUGGGAAACGGGGCCAUGAUGUUUUGAUACAGGUACCUGUUGGAACCGUGGUCCGGGAGGUGGGCAGAUAUGACCCCGUGGCGGAGGCAGAGCGGAAGUUCAACAGACUGAGUGGGGAACUGGACGAAGAGGAGUCAUUGGAGAUGAUGGCAUUUCAACGAGACCGCUGGGUGCUCUACCCCGGGUCGCAGCCGUCAGACUUCCUGACAAUGCCCUUUCCACCGCUACCUCCGCCCCGAAGGUCCAAUUUAGCCGCGAUGGAACCAAAAGCGCCCAUUCAUUUAGACUUGUCCAAGCACAUGGACAAGCCAAUGCUCCUCGCAGCUGGUGCGGUUGGAGGCUUUGGCAACCCACAUUUUGUGUCGCGCUCUAUCUCGCGACCGAAAUUCGCAACGAAGGGUGAAGAAGGCCUGACGUUGCACUUGGAGUUGGAGCUGAAACUGCUCGCUGAUGUUGGCCUAGUCGGCUAUCCUAACGCAGGGAAGAGCACACUGCUCCGGUCGUUAACCAACAGCCGCACGCGAAUUGGAAAUUGGGAGUUUACCACUCUGACGCCCAAUAUCGGUACCGUGGUGAUCGAUAAUUUCAAAGGAAGACCCCUUGUCGAAUCAUCAAACAAAAAGGCACCCCGGACCAAUUUCACCAUAGCAGACAUUCCCGGUCUUGUUGAAGAUGCUCAUUUGGAUCGUGGUCUCGGUCUAGGUUUCCUUCGGCACAUUGAGCGAGCGCGGAUACUGGGUUUCGUGGUCGAUCUCAGUAUGGGAGAUCCGGUUCAGACUCUGAAGCAGCUGUGGCGUGAGCUUGGUGAAUAUGACCGGAUGCGCAAUGCGAAGGCCGACGACGGCGCGCAGGAUGACCUCAUUUCCUGGAAUCCAUUUGGAGAUGGGCCGCCUGUGAUGCAUAUUGAGGGAGAGUGUGACUCAGAGUUUCCUGUUACCGACGCAGGGAUAGCCCAUCCUAGAAGUUCGCUGCCCCCUCUCACGCUCCCACCGAUUUACAUCAAACCCUGGUUCGUUGUCGCUACAAAGGCAGACUUACCGAACACUCAGGAGAACUUCUUGGCUCUGCGGGACUACCUUCAGCAGGUGCAAAAUGGCGUCGUCGAGCACCCUAGUGGCCAUCAAGAUGGAUAUAGGGAGCGCCUCUAUGUGGUUCCCGUGAGUGCUCUAAGAGCAGAGGGAGUCGAUAAGAUCCCACGCCUAGUCAUGAGCUUCCUUGAUUGA